UUAAAUCCCAGAAUCAGAUUGUUUUGUUAUUAUUAUUGUUUGAAUAUCAAACUCUAUCAAAACGGGAGUUUUAAUUGUUUCGUUAGUGUGUGUUUGUGUUGAUUUGUUUUGUCGUUAAAAAUUGACAACAAUUAACAAAUUAAUUAAUCAAAGAAGAAGCAAAAAAAGAUUAACUUAUUACUAUAAAUAUUACAAUGGAGUGUCAAUAUGUUGCUACUCAACGAGGUGGAAUCGCUCUUGUCUUUGAAGGCCAUCGAUAUAAUAAAGUUCGUGAUGGUAAAGAUGGUACAGUUUACUGGCGAUGUUCCCGUGAUCGCCAGUGUCCAGGUCGAGCUGUAACGGUUAACAAUCGUGUUAAAAAAGCGAACAAUAAACACAACCAUCCAGCCGAAGCGGGAAUCGGUGGAUUAUCUGGUUCAACGGGUUUACUUCGUAAUGGUGGAUCAACGGGAACCGGAGGGACAACAACAGCCUCAUCAUCGGCGAUCAAUUUGUACAAUUCACAUGGAAGAGAGACAAAUAGUAGGGAAAGAGAGAAUACCAAUAAUCAUCAUCACCAUCAUCAUAAUCAACAUCAUUCUCAUCAUCAUCAUAAUACCAAUCGUCAUCAUCAUCUUCACCAUCAUAACAAUAAUAAUUCAAACCAAUCAAAUAACAAUAAUAGUAAUUCAAUUAAUCUAAAUCAUUCUGGUAAUAGUAAAGAUCAACCUUUAUCACUUUCAACUCAUCACACCUCAGGAUCAUCUUCAUCAGCUGGAUUAUCACCACCAUCUUCAAAUACACUGACCGGUCCACUUUUAUCAGAAAUGUCACCAAUCAUUGCCCCAAGAGUACCAACUGGAUUGACCAUCCAAGAGGUUCUCAAUGCUCAAACCGCUGCAGCUGCAACCGCCGCUGUUUCAUUUCCAACUCUCAUGCAAGAGACACUUAAAUACAUUGCCUUUGCCAGCGGGAAUCAUCAAAUCGCCUCAUUUGCCGCCUCAAUGGCCAAUAAUUUUGCUUGUCCGUCCAUUGAAAAUUUAGAGAGGUCACUUUGUCGUAACAUGUUCAACAAUGAAGCUUCUAAUUAUUAUAGCGAUUCCAGUGAAGAUCAACCUUUAAAUAUGUCAAUGCGUAAUUCUGGUCAACUUUUGAAAAGAGUUCGAAGUCUUCUGAAAAGUUCAAGUAUCUCCGAUGGGCCAUUAUCAGCUUUCAUUUUAUCUUCAGGUGAUGCCCAUCGAAGUGAAUAUAUUGCUGAUUGUGAUGAUCGUAUCUCAUUCAUUUCCGGUUUCACGGGUUCUUGGUCAACUACCGUGAUAACCCUCGAUGAUGCAGCUCUUUGGACUGAUGGACGAUACUAUCUACAAGCCGAGAAGCAACUUUUCCCUGGAUGGGUUCUAAUGAAAGACGGAUUACCUGGAACACCAAGUCCAGGUGAAUGGAUUAAUAAAGUUCUAAUCACCGGAAGUAGAAUUGGUUGUGAUCCCUUUUUGGCUUCUUCCACUGAAUGGAAUAAUCUAGCAAAAACUUUGUCCCAAUCGAAUAACCAUUUAAUCCCGGUCACCUCUAAUCCAAUUAACCUAAUCUGGGAAGAUCGACCAAGUCCACCCUCUAAUCCAAUUGAACCUUAUCCAACCUCAUUAGCGGGUAAAUCGUGGCAAGAAAAGGUUGAAGAGGUUCGCAAAGAGAUGAUCAAAAAAGACGCCAAUGCCUUGGUAAUCACGGCUCUAGAUGAAGUGGCCUGGUUACUUAACCUUCGUGGGUCCGAUAUCACUUUUAAUCCAGUUUUUUUCGCCUACAUUGUAAUUACAAUGGACACUAUUCAUUUUUUUGUCGACGAAUCAAAAUUGGACUCUCAAUGUCGGAAACAUUUAAAUCUCGAAGCUACUACCAAACCUAAAAUUGAAUUAAGAGAAUACAAAUUAAUCAAUGAUUUCCUUAAAUGGCUUGUUACCCAAGAUACAACGUCCAAAAUUUGGAUCAGUUCCAGUUCAAAUUACGCACUAGUCAGUUCAAUUCCCGAAUCUCGUCGAAUUGAUUCACUUAAUCCAGUUGUAUUAAGCAAAGCAAUUAAGAAUAAGGUUGAAAUUGAAUGUAUGAAGAGAGCACAUGUUAAAGAUGCUGUCGCUUUAUGUGAAUUAUUUGCCUGGUUAGAGGAUGAAAUUGUCAAAGGUGAACUGGAUGAGGUGAAAGUGGCAAAUAAAUUGGAAUCGUUUAGAAGAACUCAAGAAGAUUAUAUUGGUCCAUCUUUCGAAACGAUAUCUGCUUCUGGACCAAAUGCUGCCAUUAUUCAUUACAAACCGGAACUGGAAACCGCUCGCCCAUUGUCCGUCAAUGAGAUGUACCUGUGUGACUCUGGUGCUCAAUUUCGUGAUGGAACCACCGAUGUAACUCGAACUUUACACUUUGGACAGCCAACAUCUCACGAACGGGAAUGUUUUACUCGAGUUUUAAAAGGUCACAUUGACCUUGCUAAGGCUCAUUUUCCCGUUGGUAUUAAGGGUAAUCGUUUGGACUCUUUUGCCCGUCGUCAUCUAUGGGAAGUUGGCUUAGAUUAUCUCCAUGGAACUGGUCAUGGAGUCGGGUCUUAUCUGAAUGUCCAUGAAGGUCCAUGUGGAAUCUCAUUCCGACCUAAUCCCAAUGAUCCCGGUCUCAAGGAGGGAAUGAUAUUAUCCAACGAACCAGGUUACUAUGAGGAUGGUAAAUUUGGAAUCAGAAUUGAAAGUCUAGUGUUGAUUAAAAAAGUUGAUCUUGAGCACAAUUUCAAGGAUUCAGGUUAUCUUGGCUUCGAGACGAUAACAUUGGUACCAAUACAAACUAAACUAUUGGAACCAUCAUUAUUAUCAAUUGAAGAGAUUGAAUGGUUGGACAAUUACCAUGCUACAUGUCGAGAUGUGAUUGGAAAAGCAUUGAAGGAACAAGGAAAAACCAAUGCCUAUUGUUGGCUAAUGAAGGAAACUCAACCUUUGGGAUAAUUUAAAUUGUUUGAUUAGUUUAAUUUCCCUGCACAAUUAACUAAUUGAAAAUAUUUCAUUUCUAUGUAAAGUUUGUUAUCAUUAAUAACAUUUUUCUUCCCAAUAUAUAAUUAACUAAUUAAUGUCAAGCCUAAACUAUCACUUAAGAUGAUUAACUUUUUUUUUGUAAAUGCUUUUUUUAUCCUGUAAACAAUUAGUUAAUUGUUACAGAUAAUUUUAGUAAUCAAACUUUCUUGUAUUGUUUGCCUUUAAUUUCAUAUCAACUACUAUUUAAUCAAGAAAAUAUUUUUACAAUUAACUUUUCCACCUUACAAUUAAUCACCUUUAAUUGUAAAGUUUUUCCCAAAGGCUUUUUCCCAUCAGUAAAAUUUGAUUACAAUUAAACUUACAACUAUAAUAAUAAUCAAGUGAUAACAAUUAAAAUUGAUUGUCUACAUAUUAUAUUGAUCAGUCAACUAAUUGUAUUGAUUUUGUUUUAAUUGUUUUCAACUUUUUUGUUUAUUGUAAAUCCUUAAUCUCUUGUAAUCAACCAAAUUGUUAACCAAAUUGAUGUGAAAAAUUGAAUCAAUUUAAAAAGUACAAUCAACUAAAUGAAUCAACAAUUGAUUACAACAAUUAACUAAUCAAGUGUGAUGUUUAAAUUGUUUCAAGAGCAAUUUCAAAGGUAAACAACAGGUUAAACUAAUCAGAAAUUAAUCUAAAACUAUUCAGUUAAUUAAAACAAUUUAAGUUUCAAAGGUAAAUUAAAAUGACUAAUGUUUUCUCAGUGGUGAAUAAGCAAAAAUAAUAAUAAUAAAAAAGGGUUAAGUUGAAAUAGGAACGUAGAGUUUGCCCUGAGGCGGAUUCCCGUGUAACCAGUUGCUUUUAUAUCAUUUCAACUCAUACCUACAGGUGACAAUGUCUAACCUAUAGGGAAGAUUAACGAUCAUCAUCAUCAUCUUCAUCAUCUUCUUCAUCUUUAUCAUCUGAUGCCCUUGGAAUAAGAUGAAACUUGUUAAUUUCAUCUCUCUUCCUUUGGAGACUCUGGAUCAUCAUCUCAGGUAGAGAUGAUUCGUCUCGUGAUUAACUCUAUCAUCAAGGGCAAUCAGUUUACUCAUCAUCAUCUUCUUUAUCAUCAUCAUCAUCAUCAUCUCUGUCUCUGUUUAUCAUCGCACUCCCACUUUUACCCCACAGACUAUUAACCCUUUGCCAUCCGCAAGGCUUAACUAUCUUGUCUAUGAGAAAACAACUUUUACCUGGUUCAUUAUUUUCACUAUUUAUGAUUAAAUUAUUCUCAAUUUAGUGUCACAAUUAA